AUGCUAUUUCAGAAAUAAUCACUUCCAGCCUUAAAUUCAAACUGCUAUCAAUCGAACAAUGAAGAAUGUGAGUAAUAACUUAGACCUUUGUUUUUAUUGAUUAGAGAAAAUCAAAUUGAUGUCUAAUAAGAAAACAUUACUUUAGUUGGUUUAUUUAAACUAUUAAAAGUACGCUUUAACAUUUUCAUAGAUCUGGAGAUUAGAUAUCCCAUUUUCUAUUUUAGCUAAGUUAAUGUUAAAUGCAAAUAAAUAUUGUAAUUAGUAAUUGAAUUAAAUGAUUAAUUUACAUUCUUUUCAUUAACUUAUGCAUAAUCCUCAACUUUAAAUAAUUUAUAGAAAGAAACCAAAGUCAGAAAUAUUCUAGUUAAUUGGAAAUAAUGCUUAUUUGUAAAAUUGCUAAUUUUCAACUCCUCAAACCUUAGUUGGAUUAUUUUCUAGACUAGGAGAACUAAUUUAGAGGAAGUAAAUGUAUCUCAAAAUCAAUAAUGAAAACAUAGAUGCUAAGGAUAAGUAUACUUAUAUUAUUUAAAUGAUGUAAAAUACACCUAGAGAGUAGAAAAUCAGUCCCAGAGACAAUACAAUAGAAAAAUAAGAUAGUUUACUUUUAGGAAAUUAACUUUUUAGUACUUAAUCAAAAGUUGAUACUAUUUUAUUAUCAGAAGAUAAAGAUGAUAUUGAAGAAAAUGAUGAUCAAUUUCCUUAAAUUAAUAAACCUAUUAAAUAAAAGUUUCAAAAGUUAUAGAAUGUUUUAGAUUUGAAUAAUUAGCAAUUUAAAAUGAAUCAUAGAAUGAGAAAAAUGCAUACAACUAUGAUGAAACAUAUGAUUCUUCUUAAAUCAAAUUCAAAUGUUAAUAAAAUAAAUAAAUUAAUUCACUAAACAUAAGGAACAUUUUAAAUUAAAUUACCAGAAAUUUGA